AUGGCAAAUCACCAUCCCUCACCCACCAUGAUGCAAAUGCAACAGCAACACCCCCCAAACGUGGCUCCUCCGCAGAAUGUCCCGCCGACUCACUUCCCACCGUCGCAUCAAAUCUCGGCCAUGAACGAAGCUGUCUGGUUGCAGAUAGGAAGUUUUUCAGAACUUCUGCGCGUCCCCGAAGAGGCCAUGCAUGCCUACGAGCGAGCUCUUCAAGCAAAUCCCAACUCGACGGCGGCCAUGAACGCCAUUGGUAUGCUUCUCAAGGGUCGCGAGGCUUUUGACAAAGCCCUCGAGUUUUUCCGCGCCAUAGUUCAGCUUGAGCAGAACAAUGGCGAAGCGUGGGGAAAUCUUGGCCACUGUUACCUCAUGACCGAGAAUCUCCAGAAGGCUUAUGAUGCUUACCAGCAAGCUUUGGUCAACUUGCGUGACCCCAAGGACCCUAUGCUCUGGUACGGGAUAGGUAUUCUGUACGAUCGCUAUGGUAGCUACGACUAUGCCGAGGAGGCCUUCUCCCAAGUCAUGCAAAUUCAGCCCGAUUUCGAAAAGGCCAAUGAAAUCUACUUCCGCCUAGGAAUAAUCUAUAAGCAGCAGUCAAAAUUUAACCAGAGUUUGGAUUGCUUCAAGUACAUUGUUAAUUCUCCACCUGGACCCUUGACUCAAGAGGAUAUCUGGUUUCAAAUUGGCCAUGUUCACGAGCAGCAAAAAGAUUUUGACAGUGCCAAAGCCGCCUAUCAACGGGUCCUCGACCAUUCACCAAACCACGCCAAGGUGCUCCAACAGCUAGGCUGGCUACACCACCAGCAGAGCACUUCUUACGAGACCCAGGACAGAGCUAUCCAGUACUUGGAGAAAUCCGUCUCAGCCGAUAACCAAGACGCCCAGAGCUGGUAUCUCCUGGGUCGUUGCUACAUGGCCCAGCAGAAGUAUCCCAAGGCCUAUGAGGCAUAUCAGCAAGCCGUGUACCGCGACGGCAAGAACCCCACAUUUUGGUGCUCCAUCGGAGUCUUGUAUUAUCAGAUUAAUCAGUAUCGCGAUGCGCUGGAUGCUUAUUCUCGUGCUAUUCGCCUUAACCCAUACAUCUCCGAAGUCUGGUAUGACCUCGGCACAUUGUACGAGUCGUGUAACAACCAGAUCGCCGACGCUCUUGAUGCCUACCAGAGAGCCGCGGAGCUUGAUCCAGGAAACCCCCACAUCAAGGCUCGUCUUCAGCUUCUUCGCUCUGGUGGCAGCAAUGGCGGGGGCCCACCUCCUGCACCGCAGCCUGCAGAUGUUCACCCACAAGCAUACCAAGCCGCUGGUCCCUCUGGGCCCGUUGGACCACAAUGGGGUGGUUCAGCACAGCAGCCUCCUGCUGGCGGACCCCCUUCUGCCCCUCCAGGAGCCGGUGAUAACUGGGCUGGUCGUCUUUCCAAUGUGAAUCCGCCACCGCAGCCCCCCAACCCUUACGAGAACCGCGGAGAGCCGUUCAGGGGACCUCCUCAUCCUCCCCAGCGUCAACCCAGUCCUCAGCCGGAAUCGCAGAUGCGACCUGGUUACUCUGAACCUCGAGGCCCUCUUCAAAGCUCAUCUCGACGAGGUCCUUCUCCAGCCACUCCAGCUCAUCAGUACGGGCAGCCGCCGCCGCCCCCUCAGUCGCAAGGCCCGGCUGCGUCCGAACGAAGAGUCACCAACCCAAACUGGGGAGGUCACCUACCAUCGGCAUCCGCUCCGCCCUCGAGCACCGCAAACGGAGCCUCUGCUAACGGUGCAGCGCCCUUUCGGCCGACCAGCAGCCCACGGGGCGAGGUGAGACCUCACGAUAGCCGGAUGGCUUCUCCCAAAUCGGCCUAUCCACAGCAUCAAGCGCCUCCCGGCUACGCUCAUCACCCGGAAGCACCUCCGGGUCCUUCUGACAACCACUCGGGUCCUCCUCCAGGCGGUGCUCCUGACGCAGCUGCGCAGCGGCCAGACGAACGCCCUCCAUCUGUAGGCCCCAAGCGUAUGCGAGAGUGGGAGGAAGAAUCCGUUGCGAAGAAGCAGGCCAACGAGGAGAACCGCGCUCGUCUAGAGGAUAUGAGGCAUCGCCGUCCAUCUACCCCUCCUCGCGACAGCUAUCGCCGCAAUUCCGGCGAAGCAGUCCGCCGUGCCGAGGAGCCAAAGAAGGAGGAGGCGCGUUCGCAGAACGACAACUACCAUCCUUCUGACGCUGCUCACCACCCCCAGAAUCACGCCGUCGGCCACAAACAGCUCCCCCCCAUGCAACCGGCUACGGUUUCAAAGGGCGAAAAGACGCAGGCUGGCCCGACUCCAAAAGAGGAACGACCCUCCUCGGAGCAGACAUCCUUGGCUGCGGCGCCGCCGGUCGUUUCAGAGCCCGAGCGAGCGGCUCGCAAGAUGGAUGUGGACGAAGAUUACGAUGAUAUUCCUGAAGAUGAGAAGAAGAAUGCGAGCACCGUAGUGGGAUCUGCUCCCACAACGGGUGCGGCCGACGCCAAGACGUCCUCGCCUUCCACCACUGGAGUCAAUGGCACUUCCGGCUCUGCCUCUAAAACUAAAAUGGAGCAAAACUGA